UGUUCCUGCAGCACCAGAGCACAGACACUUUGUUGCUUAUUGUAUGGUUUAAUUAUCUGCAGAAGGAUGCGUCCCCUCCUUGUACUGCUUAUUCUGGGGGUAUCUGGUGCUAACUGUGGCAGUCACACGCUACAAUAUUAUUACACUGGGGUCUCAGAGCCAGGACAUGGGCUGCCUGUGUAUGUUGGAGUUGGUUACGUGGAUGAGAAGCAGAUAAUGAGAUAUGACAGUGACUCUCACAUAGCACAACCUGCUGUUCAGUGGAUGGAGACGGUUGAGGAGGAUCCUGGUUACUGGGAAAGAGAGACACAGAUACACAAAGGCACUGAGGCUUGGUUCAAACACAAUGUGAAGACAGCAAUGAGCCGCCUCAACCAGACAGCAGGUUUUCAUUCUGUGCAGGUGAUGUACGGCUGUGAGCUGUAUGAUGACGGCAGCACCAGGGGGUAUGAGCAGUACGGUUAUGAUGGGAGAGAAUUCCUCACCCUGGAUACAGACAGAGGGAUCUAUGUCCCUAUAAUGACUGAGGCUCAGAUCACUACACAGAGAUGGAACAGCCCAGAGGACGGUACGGCUGAGAGACACAAGAAUUACCUGCAGGGGAUAUGUAUCGAGUAUCUGAGGAAAUACAUCAGCGCUGGGAGCGCGGAGCUGGAGAGGAAAGUUAUCUCACAAGUGAAGGUUUCUGGUCACCAAUCAGAUGCUGUGACAAAGCUUCACUGCCGGGUGUACGGGUUUUACCCUAAAGCUGUGUAUGUCAAGUGGGUGAAGAACGGAGAAAUCGAUUUAAUGUCAGAGGAGGCAGCACAGGUCCUCCCCAACCCUGAUGGGACCUAUCAGCUCAGGGUCACUGUGGAGGUGAUACCUAAGGUCGGGGACAGUUUCUCCUGUCAUGUGGAUCACAGCAGCCUGAAGGAGCCACUUACUGUGCUUUGGGAACCUAAGAAUUCCCAGACCAACCUGUUCAUCAUUGUUGCUGCUGCUGUAGUUGGAGGUCUGCUGAUUAUCGCAGCUGGGGUUGGUGGAUACGUUAUAUACAGGAAGAAGAAUCCUUAUACAAAGGCUCCAAAUAAGGAUAAUGAUUCCUCCCCAGCUUCAUCCACCACUGCCUGAGACGCUACAAGUCACACACAAGUGCUGAAGGAUCCGCCAGUAUCUGAGAGGGAGGAGUCACAUCCCUUCCCGUGUACGCUGUGUGUUUAUAUCACUCUGGCGCAUGCAGCUGACUGUGUCACAUACACAUCUGAAAUAAUCUGCUUUUACAUUAUACGCAGUUGUUUUACUGUCAUUUUACUUCUUACUAUAAGAUUAAUACUCUGUAAAUUCAUCUCACACACAAUCAUGUUAAACCGUCUGACUCAUUCAGUGCAUUAUUCAUUCAUUUACUUGCUUGGCUAAAAUAGGAAUUUAGGAGCGGGUUUGUAUUUUUGUUAAAUUCUAAUGUAAAUAGUGUUUUUCUUGGAAUUUGCUAAAUUACUGAGGAUUUGUACAAAUUAUUCCAGUUAUUAAUAUCAAGAGUUAAUGGAUUAAAACAGAUAACAUUUUCCAAAUACCAUUGUUUUAUAUUAUACCAAAUACAUAAUAUAACAGCAUUUCCUGACACUUAAGGAGACAUGAAAACGACAUUUUUUUCUUUCAUGAUUUAGAUAGAGGAUACAAUUUUAAACAACUUUCCAAUUUACCUCUAUUUAAUCAUAAUAUAAGUAAUAAUAAUAGAAGUAAAUUGAAAAGUAAUUUAUAAUGACGUGCUCCUACGGUGCUUCUGUUUACGUGAAUAUCAUAGAAAAUCGUUUUUUUAGGUUAAAUGAAAAGUGAUGAUGAUGAUAAGUCGCACUGAGGAAUUUGUUAAUAAACACAUGAAUAAAGUAAUAGGACAAAUAAAUACAAACUUAGCACAUUUUUUAACAUAAUUCAAGCCCAGUGGUGUUUUUUUAUUUUUUAAAACCAGGGCCCUUAUAAUUAAUGAUAUUACUUCUUGCACAAUCAGACCUAGAUCUCUGGUGUUAUACAGAGCCAUUGUAUUUGGUAAAACAAAUAUAACUUUGUUCCAUUUGACCAAUCACGUAUCCUGUUUUUUCUUAAAAUGAGAGCGUGUUUUUUAAAAAAGUGCAAAGACACCGAUAUAAAUGUCACACACAGAUAUAUUAAUGUGACAUCACAAGUGUCAUUAGUUGUUUUUUAUCAUAAUGUCUUUGGUGAGCAUUUUUUAUUGAUUUAUUCAUUUAAUCACAUUGUUAUUCUAGAGUCUAAAACAGGACUGUCCAGCAUUUAUCCUCAAGGGCUAGGGACAGACCAAAUAUCCCUUUGUGAGAAAAUCUAAGCACCUAAGUGACUCGGCUGUGCUCACACAGGAUGCCCUUAAAGGACCAGUCUAGUCAAAAUUAAACUUUCAUGAUUUAGAUAGGGCCUGCAAUUUUAAACAGCUUUCCAAUUUACUUUUAUCAUCAAAUUUGCUUUGUUCUCUAGGUAUUCUUUGUUGAAAGCUAAACCUAAGUAGACUCAUAUGCUAAUUUAUAAGACCUUGAAAGCCGCCUCUUUAACCUCUGUGCGUUUUGACAGUUUUUCACGGCUAGACAGCACUAGGUCAUAUGUACUCUAUAGAUGACAUUGUGCUCACUCCUGUGGCGUUAUUUAUGAGUCAGCAUUAAUUGGCUAAAAUGCAAGUCUGUCAAAAGAACUGAAAUAAGGGGGCAGUCUGCAGAAGCUUAGAUACAAGGUAAUCACAGAGGUAAAAAGUAUAUUAUUAUAACUGUGUUGGUUAUGCAAAACUGGGGAAUGGGUAAUAAAGGGAUUAAACAAUAAAAAUUCUAGAGUGGACUAUCCCUUUAACAUCUGGUCCGUCUGCAGUCUUCAAGGAUAAAUAUUAGACAAACCUGAUCCAAAAAAACAACAUGGUGACCCUAAGAGGGUGUUUACCCAGAACACAGGCUGUAAAUAAUUUCAACUAGAUUUUUUUCUUUUAUUAAAUUAUAAAUAAAAUAUUUUUAAACAAAUAAAGUUUCUUUCCUGUUGACAUCUAA